AUGCAUAAAAUUAAAUAGACUAAAUAGUGUGCUUAAUGUGAUGCCAUGGACCCACAAUAUUAAUUGGGAAGUUCAUAUUUCAUUUAUUAAUAGAAUGCGAUCAUCAUCUAUGUUAAACUUGUUUCAAGUAGAUUUUAAGUAAUACUAUUUAAUCAAAGAAAUCCAAAUUUUAAAUUAAGUGUCCAAUCGAUUCAUGCAAAUAACAAAUAGAUUUAAAAGAACUCUUAAAAUAUUUGACAUUGCCUAAUACAUGUAAACGCUGUAAUUUAGAACAACCCUAUACAUGUGGACGAUGCAUAGUAAAAGAAAUAGAAGAGAUUGCAAAAAUUAAUUACUAUUCAAAAUUACUAAAAUUUGACACUCUAAUCAAUUUGGAAUCACAAAAAGAACUUCAUGAAGAAAUACAAAAGCAGGAAUUAAUAUGUCCAGUUUGUAGAGAAUUUAAUUAAAUUCCAAUAAUAGUUUGUUUAUAAGGACACGAAAUUUGCAAAGAUUGCUAUUAUAAUAUUAGAAAUAUAGAUGAUGUGAGAGAGGUGUGUCCAAUUUGUAAAUAAGACUUAUUGUCAUCACCUCCAAAUAGUUUAAGAGCAUAAGUGUUAAUAAAGAAUUUGAGUGUAAAAUGCCCGAAUGAUAAUUGCAAAUAGGUAGUUAAGUAUCCAGAUUUUGUUUAGAAUCAUUAUCGAAAGUGUAUUUGAUUUAUGUAUAUUUAAAAAGGUUGUGAAUAACUAGUUGAAUGCCAAGAUUGUCAUGAAAAAGUAGAACAAUUAUUUUAAGACAUUCAUAAAUCAAAUUAUUGCAUGGGAAGUAUAUGUCCAUUCAAUUGCACACGCAAAUUAGGAGUAUUCACUUUUAUAAAGAUAGGAUCAUUAAAAUAAUUUUAUAAUGGAACAUAUAUAGUCAACAAUGAGAUAGAGUGAUGUAGCACAUUCAUUUUUAAUUCGAAUGCAAAUCGUUGAAAAAUUCCUGUUUUUAGGGUCAUUCGGCAAUUGUCCUCAUUGUGACUUUUAAUAUGCUUGGCAAGUGGAUGUUGGAGGUAACUAAUCGACAUUUUGCUUUUUUUGUUUUCGAUUAAGAGGAUGA